GUAUUUAUUGCACAGUCAAGAGCUUCUGGAAGCCACCGAGACGUUGAAGAUGAGGAGCUUACACGAAUCUUUGUUAUGAUACCAAAAUCCUAUACAGAAGAAGAUCUGCGAGAGAAGUUUAAGAUCUAUGGAGACAUUGAAUAUUGCAGCAUUAUUAAAAACAAGACUACUGGAGAAAGUAAAGGUUUGGGCUAUGUGAGGUAUUUAAAACCAUCGCAAGCUGCCCGAGCAAUUGAAGAGUGCGAUCGAAGCUACAGGGCGAUUUUAGCUGAACCGAAAAAUAAGUCAUCCGAGUCUUUUGAACACGAUUAUUAUAGUAACAACACAAGGCAAGAACCACGAGGAAAUACACUUCUGUUUUGUGGGCAGCCGGAGUUUUGUAGUUUUGAAAAACAUGAGAGCAGAAUUCAAGAGUCAGUCUCCAAACGUCUGUCAGUGGUAUCACGGCUUCCCUUUAUCCAAGAGCAGCUGUUUGCCCUCUUUGAUCUAAUCCCAGGACUGGAAUAUUGUGAUGUUCAGCGAGAUCCUCAUACCAAUAGUGGGUACGCUGUCAUUCAGUACAGUACUGCUGCAUCAGCUAUAUACGCCAAGUAUAAAUUACACGGUUUUGAGUAUCCUCCUGGAAAUCGAUUAACUGUCAUUUUCCUAGAAGAUGGGAGUGAUAGCUCAGACCUUAUCAGAAAAAUGGCAACACAGCUGGUAACAGCACAUGUGUCAUCAGUGUUGCGGAAUAACAAUGCAAUUGUUCAGCAGUAUAGGACACCUCCUCAGGCAUUUGGAGGAACUUCGGGCUCGCAGUUACUUCAGCCCCAAACAGAUGCCAUACUUCCACCACACAAAAAAAAAGUUCCACCUGACACUUCUGUGAAGGAAAGGCUUUUCAUACUUUUUCAUCCCCAUCCUUUACCUGUAAAUGUAUUGGAGGACGUGUUCUGUCGUUUUGGACACUUGAUAAAAGUUUACCUUGUGGCUGGAAAAAAUGUGGGCUAUGCAAAAUUUGCAGACAGAGCAAGUGCCAGUGAUGCCAUAACUGCGUUACAUGGCAAGAUUGUGAAUGGUGUCAGGCUUAAAGUAAGGUUGGCAGACUCUCCUACAGAAGAAUCUAACAAACGCCAGAGAACUUACUGAGCAGGUGAGUACCCAGUCUGAGCUGUUAACUUAAACUGAAGUUCA